GGGGCGCCCACCUCCCCGGGUUGUGCUCCGCGCGUGGCUGUCGGGAGCUCGGGGCUUGCACAGGAGCCGGGGACGGGCGGGAAGCACCUGCCUCUGGCGCGCAUCUCUGCGGCCCGUCCGCUCGCCCCCAGCCCGGACAGCCGCGCUCGGGCGGGCCUGGGGCCAGGCUCGCGGGGCCCCGGGCUUGGCCUUUCCCAGGGGCUGCUCGAGGCAGCGGCCGGGGAACUUUGCACCUGAAGCUGGAGGCUUGUCCCUCGGCCCCGGGGUCGGCGCCCCGGGACGGCCGCCGGGGGCUGUCCCGCUGGGCUCCGUCACCGCCUCCUGAAGAUGCAUCCCGACUUAUCUCCACACUUGCACACUGAAGAGUGCAACGUCUUGAUAAACCUGCUUAAGGAAUGUCACAAAAAUCACAGCUUUCUGAAAUUUUUUGGUCAUUGCAAUGAUCUUGAUCGAGAGAUGAGAAAAUGCUUGAAGAAAGAGUACAUGGAAAAGAGGAUCAAGAGCAGGGAGCAUGGUAAUGCGAUGCGAAAGAGACUAUUUAAUUCUCCAGAGAAUUCUGAAAAAUAAAUUGUAUUUUCACUGGAUGCCUUGGCUGAGAGAAGACCGAAAGCCCCUGGGGUGACGGCUGGGAGAAUCCUGUCUCGUCCGCUCUCCGGACCCCUUGCUGCUCCGUAGACACAAGCCAUGGGAAGAUCCGGAAAAGCCUGGAUUCUCACAGUGUUGGCAGGGCCUUUAGUUCUCUCCAGCGUACCUGACUUCCACUUCCUCCCUCCCCCUCCACCAGGGAACACGAGUCACUUUUCUCCCUCAAUAAAAUAACUGAUUUUAA